UUAGCAAAUCACGUCGAAGAUGCCGGGAAGGCGCUUUCCUCCGUCAAGGCCCCCAACAAACACGUUCUCAAAGCGAUGGACGCCGCGGAGCCGAUAGCAGAAGAUGCCGAGAGCACGUACGAGCUGUUGGAGCCCGUAUUGGAGAAGGUACAAAUAUUAGCAUUGAUCGUCGAAGGCAUAGGAGACAUCCACCCAUACGCCAAGUUAGCUACCACAGUUCUUCUCUCAAUCGUUAAGCCUGUGAUCGCACAAGACAAGCGUGAUAAGGCUAUGAGAGAUCUGUUAGUGGCGAUGAAUGAACUCUACGGAUUCGUGGUCUCGACUAGUCGCCUCUCUAGAAUAGACGAAGAUCGCAAGAAUCUGCUCAAGGAUAUGCUGUUGCAGACGGCCGAAUGCGCUUACUUCAUCCGGGACCAUACUCAAGCCGAAAAUUUCUGUAAGGAUGUAUGUAUCUCUUUCCGAGCAUGGCCGCCCAGUGACUCUAACAAACUCCCACUCCAGGGAUCCGAGCGGGAAAGCACGCAAUAUCUGGUCCCCUUAUAG